AUGGAGGACUGCCUUCACACCUCCUCCGAAAACCUCUCCAAGCUGGUAAGCUGGGCCCACAGCCAUGGGACCAUCUGCAGCCUCAUCCCCAACCUCAAGCACCUGCUCUCUGAGGGGGCCCAUGGCAACCUGACGGCCAUGUGGGGCUGUAGCGCUGGCCAUGCCUACCACUGGCCCCUGGCCGCCACUUGCAGGGCCGGCUCCCAGGAGCGCGUCUGCUUCCAGGACAGCCGCAGCUUCAACUCGGACAGCCCCAGCAUGCUGGGGGUGCCCUCGGAGGCACAGGCCAGCCCCCUGGAGCGCUACCCGGGCCGGCCGGGGAAGGCCAAGCUGGACUGCACCCGCACCCGCGACUCCUGUGACUUCUCCUACUGCAGCGAGCCAUCGGAGCUGGGCGAGCCCGUGGAGGAGUAUGAGGAUGAGGCCACCCUCUUCGACAUGGUCUGCGAGUCCUCUGUCACCGAUGAGGACACCGAGCCGGAGGUCAGCUCCAGCCAGCAGCAGCCCCACGCUGCCCCUGCCGCCACCCCCGAGGCGGCGGCACAGUCGAUGCCAGAGCAGGAUGAGAGAGCGGCAGAGCUCAGCAGGGAGCAGAACGAGAAGACCAUUCGCAGCACGCAGACGGCUCUCCGCAAUUUCCGAGAGUUCCUCAUCUCCAAGUACCCCUCUGAGACCCGGGAGAUCUACGUCAUCCCCUGCAAAGAGCUUGAUGCCUACCUUGCUUCCUUCUUUGUGGACGCCAGACAAAAGGAUGGGUCUGAAUACGAGCCAAACAGUCUGGCCAACUAUCAAUGUGGGCUGGAGCGGUAUCUCAAAGAACACAGGUAUGGAUACAGUAUUACGAGGGAUAAGGAGUUCAAGAGGUCCCAGGAAGCUCUAAAGCAAAAGCAGAUAGAGCUGAGGUGUAAAGGAAAAGGAAACAAGCCACACAAAUCCAUGAAGCUCACCUUUGCUGAUGAGCUUAUCCUGCGCAAAAGAGGCUUGUUGAGCCGUUACAAUCCCGAAGGGCUGCUGAACCUUGUCUGGCUAAACAACACUAAGGCAUUUGGACACUGCACAGGUUUCCAUGGGUCCACCCUCAAGUGGGGAGACAUCCGGCUGCGGGUGACAGAGACUGGGUUGGAGUACCUGGAGUGGAUGGGGCCGGACAACGGAGAUGUCAACGCCAAAAGCAAGAGAGGCGGGACAGACUCCCGGGUGUAUGCCACGCAGCACUCCCCACAGACCUGUCCCGUGCAAGACUACAAGGAGUAUGCCCAGAGGCGGCCUCCAGCCAUGCGCUACGAGGACGCGCCUUUUUACCUGUCCAUCAAACCCGUCGUCAACUUGGCUGCGCUUCACUGGUACAAUUGCCAAGCCCUGGGGAAAAACAAGCUUGCCAAGAUGGUAAAGACGAUGUGUGAGAAAGGCAACAUCCCCGGCAGGAAGACCAACUUCAGUGUCUACCAGAGCUGUAGCACCCUCUCAGAAGCGCAGAGCAACCAGCUGGUGCUGAUCUGCAAUAACUUGAGCCAGCAGGCUGCCCAGUCCAUGGCGAGCCACUCCAAUACUGGCAACUUCAUAGUGUCAGCAUCCUAUGACUCCUCCUCUGACACAGCUUGA